GCUUCUGCAGACAUUGGGACGCUGUUGGUGCUUGGUUUAUGGGGCCGCUGUGAUGGUGGUGCAGACACCCGGCUGUAUGGCCAGGACUGUCACGAGCUUGUGGCAACAGCUCUGACAAGGGAUGGUGCAAGGUGUUUGGAGGAUGCAUUGCCCGGUGGCUAUUUGCGUUCUGGUGUGUAUGCUGAUUACGGCUUCUAUCACACUUACGAGCAGGAGGGCUACUCCUUCCGCACCAACUGCAUCGCUUCCUUUGAGAGCUCCCACAAGGAGUGGCACUUGCAGGCAUGUUUCAUUCUCCGGGUUGUGGCAGCUGCGUCGACAGAUGUUGAAAAAGGCUUUGUGAGCUUGCCUGAGAAGCUGGUCGAAGAGACUCGGCCCAUUCGGCGCGGUGUCUCCGAAAGCGAGCUAAAGCGGAGAGGCCCCAAAGACUGGGCCAAAGACGCCAGUGCCGAAGAUGUCGAAAGUUCUGGACCAGUUCAGUUGCGAAGUGUGGCAGCCGAAGAUGUUGUCGAUGCAACACCAGAGACGCAGCCCCCUUCCCGGACAGUUUCGCCAUCAAAACCUGUGAGCCAUCACGCGGUGAAUGGAAUUUGGUUUGUUGUGCUCUGCUUCAUCAUACUCGAUGCCCUGAAACCUAUCCUUGUGACUUGGGCGAACCAGUCUCAUGCGGAGGGCGAGCCCGGUUUCAUUCGGGGGACUUUCGUGCUGGUUCAGACAGCACUCUCGCUGCUCGUGGGGCUCUGCAUAGCGGUGCGGCCGUCCCUGUCUUUGUCUCGACCUCAUUUCAGGCUUCAUCCUUUCUGGCGCUCAAGGGUGCGAAGAUGCCUGAGCAUGAAGGUUGUGGUGUGGCAGCUGCCCGUGUCGGUUUGCCUCUGCUUGAGCAAACUGCUGCUGGUUUAUGCGCUCGGUCGCCUAGAUGCAGGGCAUCGGUCGCUCCGCCGCAGCAUAAUCUCCUCGCAAGCCCGCCAUCGGCAUCCAACAGUCCUUGCUGUUCGCAGUCAGCCACUGGAUUCAGUCAUGCAGCCCUGUGAUCCGUCAUCCGCCUUCUUUGGCUUCAUGGGCGUGACCUCGGCGCUCGUUUUUGCCAACCUUGGCGCAGCUUACGGAACAGCGAAGUCAGGUGUGGGAAUUGCAUCGAUGGGGGUUAUGCGGCCUGACAUGAUCAUGAAGUCAAUCAUCCCAGUAGUCAUGGCCGGAGUUCUGGGCAUUUAUGGCCUCAUCACAGCUGUUAUCAUCAACGGAAAGAUGGAUGCAGCUAAUUACUCAGCCUAUUCAGGCUACGCACAUCUCGGAGCAGGGCUGACUGUGGGCAUGAGCUCUUUAGCUGCCGGCUUGGCCAUUGGUAUUGUUGGAGAUGCGGGUGUCCGCGCAAACGCCCAGCAGCCACGUUUGUUCGUGGGCAUGAUUCUCAUUUUGAUUUUUGCCGAAGCCUUGGGCCUCUACGGCCUCAUUGUUGGCCUUGUAGUUGCGUCCACAGCAGAAGGCAAAGGCAAGGGGCUGUGUGACCCGGCAGCAACUCAGCCACGGUCGCACUGUCUGAUUGCACCAGCUUUGGUGGGCAGUGUCACGCAAACACUGGAAGAAAUCAGCAAGAGCACUGUGCGCGUGUUUGGCCAAGCCAGCUUGCCUUUGGUGGGUGUCAGCAGCGCUUUAUUCUUCAACAGGAGGUACUCCUUGCAGCAGUGGUGCAGCUUGAUGGCUGUGUCCCUUGGUCUCAUCACGUUCUACUACGUUAAGGCCAAGCUUCCGAAGCUUGCCAUGCUGGAAAGCGCAACGCGUUUGUCACAGCUCUUCUUCGAGGAAGGCAAGCUGGAUGUGAGCAAUCGCCUCGAUGAUGGGUUUCGAGAAGCAGGUGCUGAGAUGGACCCGCUGGCACCUGGCGUUGAAUGCUUGCUCGUAGACAGGAAUGAGGACGAGCCUUUACAGCAAUUUGUCGAGCGGUGCCGCAAGAAGCUGCGGAAGGCAAAGGACGAGGCGGCGCAAGCUAUGGUACUGGCACUGCUGGUGUCAGAUGCAUGCGGUCGAUCGGGUGUCCAUGCAUCAGACUUGCAGGCCAGGCAUGCAGAGCUAGUCGCCGGCCAACGGCGGACAACUGGUGUGGUGUUGUUAGGAGAUCUUCUAGGUGAAGUCGCAGCUUCCCCAGCUCGGAAUUCUCGAAGCCGCACUGGUGCCGCAUUGAGUGAGCGGGCCAUUCUCUUCAAAGCCGUAGCAGAUUGGCUUGGUACUUUCGGUUGCACUCUGCAACGUCAGCAGAGCGCAUUGUUCAAUGUGGUCAACAUCAGUCAGAUGCCCUGCGUCGUCGACCUGCUCUUUGACCCUGGUGCCCUCUAUGAAGAUCCUUCCGCACGGGCUCACGAGUACCGAAGGCUUCUGGUUAGCGUGUGCCAGGGGCGAUCUCUGAAGGAGGCCACGCCACCAUCUUCAAGGACGGACCUCAGCGGCCAGAUGCCACGGCCUCCUUGGCACGUAGAACCAUGGGAACUCGAAAUCUCACGCGGUGACCGAAUUGGCAGGGGUGGCUUCGGAGAGGUAUUUCAUGGGCGAUGGGCUGGCGUCCGGGUUGCAGUGAAAGAGAUGAAGGAUAGCUCACGUGCACCGAGUGAUGCUGAUGUUGUGGAGUUUUUACUCGAGAUCGCGAUGCUGUCCCAACUGAACCACCCGAACGUCGUCCGCUUUUGGCGAGGCUCGACAGAGAUGCAUUCGGGUAGCCGGAGCUUGCUGAUGGUCACGGAGUACAUCAAGCAAGGAGGUCUCUCCAGGCUCUUGCACGGGCAUGGAGGGCCGGCACUGCCAGAUCCGCUGACGCUGGGGCAGUCUCUGUCUUUUGCUUUGGAUGUUGCCCGUGGCGUGCAGUACCUCCACGGCCAGCGCAUUCUUCACUUGGACCUGAAAAGCCCGAACGUCUUGUGCGCUCCAGUCUGGACUGCGAAGUUAUGUGACUUCGGUCUGGCGAAAAUGCGGGGUGAGGCGACAUACGUGCAAUCGACGCUGCAGGGUGUCAGUCCGGUGUGGGCACCACCCGAGAUGUUCGAUGGCAAGAGCGGAGGCUUAACGGAAAAGGCUGAUGUCUACAGCUUUGCCGUGAUUUUCUUCGAGCUCUUGACGAAGCAAGUGCCUUUCGCAGAAGUAAGCUCUGCCAAGUUGCCAGCAGCCAAAGCCGCGGGCCAGCUCCCUCGCAUCCCAAAUUCAGUGCCGGCAGACUGUGCUGAGUUAAUUUUGCAGUGUUGUGCAGCAAAUCUUUUGGGCAGGCCCUCGAUGAGUGGGGCCGCAGCCAGGGUCAGGGAGAUUGCGCAGUCGCACGAGAUACAACUGGCAGAGGUCAAGCCACCUGCUGCCUUGCUGCGGUUCGAUGAUGACCAAGAGAGAAGGGUGCAAGAAGCUGAAGAUGCUGCAGCCCAAACUUUGAUCGAUGUUGACAAGCAGCGGGCCCAUCUUCGCAUGGAGCUCUCAGAACUACACAGACAGAUUGAAAUCGCCAGGAAGCGCCAGGCUGCAGAAGCUGCAGAGGCCCCGAAGAACUCCGCCAGUCCGAGCCGAGAGGAUGCAGCCGGCACUGGCGCCACUGGCACCGCUCCCGAUGACUCCUGGUGCGAUCCGUUCGUGCAAGAAGUCGCUGGCGCCAAAUUUCGCUGCGCUCUUUGCUCCAAGUUGUUCCGCGGACCUGAGUUUGUCAAGCGGCAUCUGGAAGCGAAGCACAGAGACGAGGCAAAGCGACUUAUUGAGGACAAAUACUUUGAUUGCGAUGUGUCCCGAGAGGAUGCUUUGCCGGUUCACCAUGCAGUGGGAACUGCAGUCGGCAGAAAGGGUCUGGGCUGGGUUUCGCCAUGA